GAGGUUAAGGUGACUUAAAUUCACACAACCACUGGUCAUAUGAAGAGAAAGAGAACAACAUCAUUUUGAAAUGGAAUCAAUUGUAGCGUGUUUGUGAGAACUGUAACAGGUUUACUUUUGAUUAAAGUGUGCGUUGAAUGAGAAUCUGUUGUUAUAUCACACUGAACACCUGUGGAGGGAGGGGCAUGAUGACAGAUGAUGUGGUCGGCUUUGAACAUCCCCACAGAGGAUUUGAGAAACACCUUCCAGUCAGUCAGAGCUAUAUGUCUGAUAAGUAUUUAAAGAACUGCAAGUUAAUUACCAUGGACUAUCUUGUUGCUAUAUGAUAUUUGUUCCUCUCUUUUUGUUCAUCCAGCAUUAGGAAAAUAGUUGGUGUAACAUAAUUCCAUCUGAACCAAAGAUCCACCACAUCUACCAAAAUGGAUAAGUUUCGUAUGAUGUUCCAGUUCCUCCAAUCCAACCAGGAAUCCUUUAUGAGUGGGAUCUGUGGGAUCAUGGCACUCGCUAGUGCACAGAUGUACUCUGCCGUUGAGUUCAGCUGCCCCUGUAUGCCAGAAUACAACUACACCUAUGGGAUCGGACAGCUCAUUAUUCCACCGAUAUGGUUCUUUCUGAUAGGUUUUGUGUUGAACAAUAAUGUGUCAGUGCUCACAGAGGAAUGGAAAAGACCCACAGGGAGACGCAGCAAGGAUCCAACAAUCCUUCGCUACAUGUUUUGCUCGAUCACACAGAGAUCUUUAAUAGCACCUGCAGUGUGGGUGUCUGUCACUCUCAUGGAUGGGAAGAGCUUCCUCUGUGCUUUCAGCAUCGACUUGGAUAUUGCUAAGUUUGGGAAUGACAGUCUGCUGACGGGGUUGUCAGAGAUUGAGAAGCUCAGACUGCUGGCAAGGAUUCCAUGCAAAGACCUCUUUAAGCAUGAGGAAGUAAGAGUGGCCGCAUCACGAUACAUCAAGUGUAUAUCACAGGCAUGUGGAUGGAUAUUUCUGCUCAUGAUGACCUUCACGGCUUUCCUGAUCCGAGCUAUUCGACCAUGCUUUACCCAAGCCGCCUUCCUCAAGACCAAGUACUGGUCUCAUUACAUUGACAUUGAGCGCAAGAUGUUCGAUGAUACCUGUAAGGAACAUGCCAAGAGCUUCGCCAAGGUUUGCAUCCAGCAGUACUUUGAGAACAUCAGCGGGGAGAUGCGCAGCUUCCACCACCAUCGCUCCAGCAAGGACGACAACGACAAUGAAGACGAGGAUAAGAGAAGUGAUGAAGAAAAGCUUCUGGGUAUCAGGGCCCAGGAUGAUAUGAAUAAAGUGUUAUGGAACUGGCACACCUCUAAACCAGCUCUGGCUCUGAGAAAGGACCAACUGGACGGUGAAGCCAAUGGCAGACUGAAUGGAGAGGCCAACGGAGCAGCGAAUGGAUGCGUAAAGGGACAGACCCGGGACGUGGAGAAGAGGGAAUGGGCGGUGUAUUACAGUAAGGUCUGACCAGUUCAAAGGGACAACGAAAAAACUGGCAUUGGCUCUUCUUUAACUUUCAGACAGCUGUAUUGUUUCAGGAAUCAUUUUAUUUCUAUUAACUAGUAUUAGUAAUUUAUCAACAUUAGUUGUACAUUUUUCCUUCACUGACCGGAACAUAUUAAUUAAUAUAAAUUGAAUUAACUGCAAUAUAUAGUUUGACUAAUGGUAUAAUACUCUAGUAGUACACGAUGGUCAACAUAUUUCUGGUUCACUUCAGUUAACUAACAUAGUUCUGGGUGGAGCCAUAAACCUGUUUGUUGUUUUUUUCGAUUUUAUUUACAAGUCAUAAAUUACUGAAAACCAUCUGCCAUUGCUCUGUGAUGGGAAGAGUAUGGUCAAAUAUGAAGCCUGGAAAGUCUGCAGAAGUAGUGCUCCUGUUGAGCAAAGCAUUAUGAUAGCACACUGUACCGGUGUCAAUGAUUGACAACACUUGUGAAUGUUUGUGUUGCUCUCAGGGCCCCAAAAACAUCCCCAGGGCACAAAGCAAAGUGUUAACGUGGAUCAUAUCAGAAAAGAUCCAUGCACGUCCAGCCCCUGCAGCUUCUUGCUUUAAAGAGAGAGUAUGUAACUUUUGAUAGAAGAAAUGACAAAUAAUGUUUUGCCGUACAAAUUAAAGUUGAAUUCCUAAA